UUCUCCUUCUGUCCUUCCCCUCCCCCUGCCAGUCAGUCAGACAGAGAACUUUACAAGAACAAGCAGAGGCUUCUGGACCACGGGGAGUGGAACUUCUCACAUCUCUGAGCAGGUGGAAAGUUCUUGGAGUAGGGAAAAGACGUCAUCAUCUAUGAAGAGUCUGACUAAAACACAGUGACAGCAGCCGAGACAUCCCUGUCCUGCAGACAAUGAAAGUCUGAAAGAGUUUGAGAAAUAAGGUCAAGAUCAAUCAAAGAGUCCAGCUUUCCUGAACUGUCCAACAGCUUUUCCUUUCCCUUUUCCUCCCACCAACCUUUGGAAUGGAUUCUGGUCUGUUCCCAGUAAUGCUUCCCCUCUUCCCCUCCUUCAUCAUUAUUCUCCUGGCUGGACCUGCCAUCCUCACCCCAUCAACCUCCAGGGAGUUACAGGUCAGAGGUCAAAUGACACGAAAGGAUACUGAACAGGACUCCAUCAAGGUAGUGAUCUCAGAGGGAUGUUCCUCUCAGGGGGAUUCAUCUGAUGUGAGCCAAGGAGGUAAAGAAAUUAAUCUGGCUCCUGGCUCGCCUCUGGUGCUGACACAUAAGAUCAAACUGGUUCCAUCAGGGUCAGGAUCUGGGUCUUGUGGGUGUGAUGCAGACUUUGCUGCCCUGCGGGAGCGGUUGGAAAGUCUGGAGCAGGAGGUGUCUGACCUUCGAGGGAAGUGCAGAGAAACAGGAGGAAGCUGCUGCACCUCUGAGAGCAAAGGUUCUGGCUGCUCUAUAAAACCAGAAAACGAGGAAUGUCCCAAUGAGUGCAGUGAUCAGGGUCGUUGUGUGGAUGGCAAGUGCGUUUGCUUCCCGGGCUACAGCGGGCCGGACUGCAGUGAGUCUGGCUGUCCUGGGAACUGCAACGACCACGGGAGGUGUGUGAACGGAGAAUGUGUGUGCAAUCCUGGUUUCUCUGGUCCCAACUGCUCCCAGAAAGCCUGUCCUGACAACUGCACCAAUCGUGGGAGGUGCGUGAACGGAGAAUGUGUGUGCAAUCCUGUUUUCUCUGGUCCCGACUGCUCCCAGAAAGCCUGUCCUGACAACUGUACCAAUCGUGGGAGGUGUGUGAACGGAGAAUGUGUGUGCAAUCCUGGUUUCUCUGGUCCCGACUGCUCCCAGAAAGCCUGUCCAGACAACUGCACCAAUCGUGGGAUGUGUGUAAACGGCAGGUGUGUAUGCAACACUGGAUUCACUGGUCCGAGCUGUUCAGAAGAAUCUUGUCCCAGAAACUGCAACAGAAGGGGGCACUGUGUUAAUGGGCAGUGUGCAUGUAAUACUGGAUUCACAGGUCCAGACUGUUCUAAAAAGACCUGUCCUGAUAAAUGCAACAACCGUGGCAGAUGUGUUAAUGGUAAAUGUGUUUGUGACAACGGCUUCACUGGUGCUGACUGCUCUGAGAUCACCUGUCCUGGGAACUGCAACAACAGGGGGCGAUGUGUAAAUGGACAGUGUGUUUGUGAUGAUGGUUUCACUGGCAAGGAUUGUCUGGAAAAAGCAUGCCCUAAUGACUGCAACAACCGUGGGAGAUGUGUAGAUGGAAAUUGUGUCUGUGAGAAUCGCUUCACUGGUACUGACUGCUCAGAGAUCAUCUGUCCGGGAAACUGCAACAACGAGGGGCAAUGCAUCAAUGGACAGUGUGUUUGUGAUGAUGGUUUCACUGGUGUAGAUUGCUCUGAAAAAACUUGUCCAAAAAACUGCAGCAAUCAUGGAAGAUGUGUUAACGGCCAAUGUGUCUGUGAGAGCAACUUUAGCGGUGAUGACUGUUCUGGAUAUGCCUGCCCUGAGAACUGCAACAACAGGGGGCACUGCAUUAAUGGACAAUGUGUUUGUAAUGAGAAAUUCACUGGUGCAGACUGCUCUGAACAAGCUUGUCCCAACAACUGCAACAACCAUGGGAAAUGUGUGAAUGGGAAGUGCAUUUGCGAUGUUGGGUUCACUAGAUUGGACUGUGCUACCAGAGUCUGUCCCAAUGACUGCAGCAACAAAGGACGAUGUAUCAACGGAAAGUGUGUUUGCCGGCGAGGAUUUACUGAACCAGACUGCAGCCAGUGUAAAGAGGGAAUGACUGGACCAAACUGUAAUAUUGCCAUGACAGGUGUGUCACAGCUGACCGUUCAGGACAUCACAGAUUCUUCUGCCACUUUGAUUUGGACUCAACCUCUUGUUCAAUAUGAAACUUAUAACAUCACCUUUACCAGCCAGAAGGAGAUGGAUCAACAGAUCAAUCUGCAAGUGGUGGGAAGCCUGACCACCUUUACUCAAACGGGCCUGGCAGCCGGUCAGGAGUACACCGUCAACAUCGUCGGAGAGAUUAAUGGCAGGACGGGAGAUGAGACCACAACUGAAUUCAUUACCCUCAUUUCUGGUCCGACAAACCUCCAAGUUGUCAAGACCACCUCCACAUCAGCAGUAGUUCAAUGGGAGCAGUCACAGGGAGAGAUUGACAGGUACCGUUUGACCAUCACACCGAACGACGGAGCAGGAAGGCCUCAGGAAAUGACAAUAGAAGCUGGCCAAAGCUCAGCCCAUAUUCAGCAGCUAGAAGCUGGGCAUUUGUAUGACGUCUUGUUGGUGGCAGAGAAGGGCGUGGUCCUUAGCCAGCCUGCGACCAUCCAGGUAGUCCCCGGUAACACUUUCCCAGCGGCUACUACUGAGGACUUCACCCUGCUGGUCACGCAAGCACCAGGACAAGAUGUUGGCAGCAUCAGCAAAGACUUCUCAGCCUCUGUGAUUGCCAGAACUAGACCUCUGGUCAACAAAGUAAUGGCAAGAAAUGGUAACAGACCCAAAAUUAGAAGGCCUACACUGCCAAGGUCAGGGCUGUUGCGUCCUAAUGCAACCAGAGUUAUGCCUGAAGGAAGACGUUUUGUGGCCGAUUCUUUGCACAAAAACCCAAUGGUGUUGAAAAAAAAUGAACAGAUAAAAAUUAAUGAAACCAAAUCAGAUGUCCAGAUAAUCCAGGAAUCUGUGACAGACAAGAGUGAAGAGGCAUCAAGCUCUGAGAGUGGUAACCAAAGUCCAACUGUGAUGCCUGGGAAUGAUUUUGAAUCAAAUGGGGAAAGUAGCUCAGAGGAACUAUCUUACACUGGCUCAAAAAGACAACCAGAUGCUGGCAUUGCUGAGGCUGAAAAUGACACUGAUUCAGAUUCCUCACAGCCAACUCGGGAUGUUCAAAGACAGGAAAAUAAAUGUCUGAAUAAAAUUAAGGUAACUCACUUCAAAUUGCCUUUAAAGAACAGAGUUAAUGGGUGCCUGAAGGAUGGGAUAGGGUUGAGAGAAAAUGCAUUAAGGUCAAGUCCAGAGAAGGUACCUCCUAAUGAAGAGGAGGACCUUGAUUACACACCAGACCCUUUACACAAACUUAUAACCGAUACUUUUGAUGAUUUUAAUAUUACAAUGAUUUCAGUCCACCUGGCAAAACCAUUGAACCUCUCAGCUGAUGCAGAAAUGGUAAGGAAACACAUCUUAAAGGGGCUGAAGCCACUUCCUUCACUUUUAGCUUCCUCAUCCUUUACUGCACAGUCCUAUUUAUCAGGGACCAAGUCAUCAUCACCUGCUGGAGAACCACCCUCCUCACUAACAUUUUCAGUGGCAUCUUCACCCUCAUCAUUAUUGUCACCUUCCUCAACGAAAUCAUCUCCAUCAAUGUCCUUUCCAACCUCAACCAGUUUGGAUGACUUAGAUUCACAUGGAAGCAUUGAACUGGACUCUACCUCCCACUCUGCACCUACUGAGGAUAGUGAACUACCUAGUUCAGAAGAAAGUGGCAUUACCUCUUUCCAUCACACUCAUCCAAUCAGGGGAUCCAUACGUCGCCCUCACCCAAACUUAAAAUUUUUUCUAAACAAAACCCGUCAACAUUCCAUCCAUUCUCCUCCUCAUUCAAGCAACACACAAAUAAAAGAAACAAAGAAUGUAUCAACUUCGCCAUCAUUGUCUGCUGCAAGAACAUCCCUGUCAAUGGAUGGAGAUCUAUCUUUGAAGGAUGGAAACAGAAACGGAGAUGGAAUAGCCACAAAAGUGACUUCUGAGGUGAAAGAUAGCCAAAUAAAGAUGCCAACAGAACGUAGACAUAUUCCUCUUCAUCGCCAACCUCUGAAGGGGACUUACCCACGUCGCCUGCCUCCAAAUCUUCAGAACAGAACCCGGCCAAUUUCAAGGUUUUUGACUCAUCCCUCCCAAUCUUUAAAUCUAAACACAGAUACACUGAAAGAACAAAUGUUUCCCAUUGAAUUGGCAAAAAAUUCCACCUCUGUCUCUAGAGGCUCUGUGCCAUCUAAUACUGUGUCUGUAAGUGAAAGAAAUAAAGGAAAAGUUGAGGCAAGGUUCCCCAAAACAAGCAUUUCCACUAGGGAAAGAGUUGUACCAUCCUCCCGCCAGCCAAACCUUCGUCACCCACACCAGCAUGCUGAUUCUGUCCCAAACAAAACAUUUACCAACUUGAGACACCCUAAACAUCCUCACCGAGGUGCAAUGCGCAGACCUUUGUUAGGAAGAAAACAAAAUGGAGGCACAUUUACAGCUGGAAGCCAGACUAAUGGACUGGGAAAAAACAGUGCCAUUGACAAUCCUGAAUCACAAUCAGGAAAGAAAAAUAUCCACAGAUUCACCCAUGGCUUCCAAACUAAUCGGUCAGGAGAACAAGUAAAUGACAUGUUAAGCCAAAAUCCCCAUAUGCAUGAACAAAAAACCACUGCAGACAAACAGUCAAAAGAGUUGGACAAAGGAGAUAAUACUCUGAUCCAACUAGAAGCUCCAACAGAUUCUGACAUCAAAGAGGAAUAUGAUACUGAUAAAGAAAUUGGUGCCACAAAUCAAAGUACCCCAUCUGUCAACUCUGACUUUAAACCCUCAAGACAAGUCACACUUCCAAAGAGACAACUCACAUCUACCGCUAUUAUAGGGCAGCAUCAUGGUACCCAACAUAUCAAUGGAAUGCAAAUGAAGGAGCUUCCAAAAACAAAUCCUACUGCAAAAAUUGUUUUUGACACUGAAACUGAAGGGACAGAAGGUCCUGCAUCUGAGGUUUCUUCUUCUGGGGACAAAAGAGAACCUCUGGACUUUGUUUCUGCUACAAAUCGGACUUCUGAUGGAUUCACAGUGAUAUGGGAUUCCCCAGAGGGGAAGUACAAAAAUUUUGUUAUAAGCAGAUCAGAGGUUGAGAGAGACGAAUGGCCAAAGCAGAAGGAAGGUAAGCCAAAAGAGGAUAAGGAUCAAUAUACCAAAGCAUUUUUUUCAAAAAAUGGAAGUGAUAAGGAUAAUAACAAAGAAUCUGAAGAUUUUCAAGUCCCAAAUACCCAAAAAGAUGCUGUGGACAAACCAACAGACAAAGACAAAACCUGGAGACGAGUGCUGCCUGGUUCUGCUCGCUCCCUCCAGUUUGAGCAUCUACCUCCUAAGACGGAGUACACCAUAACCUUGCUUGGAAAGGGUCCUGGCAUUCUAUCCAGACUACACAGGCUUGUCAUCAGUACAGGCCCAGAGCCUCCAACCAACAUAGUGUUCAGCAAGGUGACGGAAAACUCUCUGACAGUGUCAUGGACGAAACCAAAAAGUCCUGUUAAUGGUUUCAAAAUCACCUACACUCAUGCAGAUGAUGGUGAGCCAGUGUCAGUGACAGUGGGCUCACAGAACUCCACCCUCAAUUUAUCUCAACUGUCUCCUGGAUCCUCUUAUGAAGUCACCAUCAUCUCCACCCUCGGACUGGAUGAGAGUGAUCCAAUCAAGGAUUCUGUUGUUACACUUCCUGACCCACCCACUGACUUGCAAGCGGUCAACGUCACUGACGCCACAGCAUUGUUACUGUGGCGUCCAGCACUGGCCGCUAUUGAUAAGUAUGCCAUCGUAUAUGGCUCAGGUACAGGAUCAGAACUGAAAAUCACCGUUUCUGGAAACGCAGCCGAGCAGCAGCUCAGCGGUCUUGAAGCAUCCACCACCUACACUGUCACCGUAACAAGUCAGCUAGGCAGUCUGGAGAGUGCACCAGCUACAACCAGCUUUACCACCAAAAGCGGUUCGGGGUGGCAUCAUGAUGAAGCUCAAGAUCUGAAGGCCAGCAAUGUGACCCCUCGGAGUGCUGUUGUGUCAUGGACACAAUUGUCAAAGCCUGUGGAUUCAUACAUAUUGGUUUAUGGGAUCAAAGGUGAAAAUCCACAGGAAAUUCUUGUCAGCCCAAACCUAAAACAAUACAAGCUGACCAGACUGCACCCAGGGUCUCUGUACAGUGUGGACCUGCGGUCUAUACGGGGAGGAAAACUGACAGCCAACAGUAACACUGAAUUCACUACUGGUACACUGAGGUUCCCAUUCCCCACUGACUGCUCUCAGGAACUUCUGAACGGUAUCUUCACUUCAAACGUGGUGGAGAUCUUCCCUCAGGGGAAACCUGGCAAGUCGAUGAACGUUUAUUGCGACAUGGAGACAGAGGGUGGCGGCUGGACGGUCUUCCAGAGGAGGAAGGACGGCUCGGUGGAAUUCUACAAUGGCUGGAGGGAUUACGUUUCUGGAUUUGGAGAUCUGACUGGAGAGUUCUGGCUUGGCCUUGACAACAUUUACAACCUGACUAAGAUAACAAAGAUGAGCCUACGGGUCGACCUACGAGACAAAGAGGAGCAUGUGUUUGCAAAGUAUUCAACAUUUGGUGUGGCCAAGAGGAACUACAAGCUGAGUGUGGGCGGAUACAGCGGUACUGCAGGUGACUCCCUUAGUUACCACAACAACUGCAUCUUCUCCACCAAAGACCGAGAUCCGGCACCAUGGAUCACCCGCUGUGCCAUUUCUUAUCAAGGAGGCUGGUGGUACAAGAACUGUCAUGAAGCAAACCUGAACGGUCUCUAUGGAAUUGACCACAAACAUCAGGGUGUGAUCUGGAAGUCAUGGAAGGGAGAAGACCAUUCCAUCCAGUUCACAGAGAUGAAGAUGAGACCAGCAUCCUUUGUAUCUCCAGUCAACAGAGCAAAGUGAUAAAAGGAAUGAACUGUUAAUAGUGUCAACAUACGAUAUGUAUGCAUAUAUUUUAACAAAAGCCUUGCUCUUAUUUGAAAAUAGAUAAAAAGAUCAUUUUUUCAAUUUGUACAAAUUGUGUUUACACUUACACACAAAAACACACAAAAACCAAAGGAUAACACAGAUGAGUCAGAUUUUUCCAAGCUUAAGGACUUCAUCAAAAUAAAUACAGUGUGAUGGUCUCUGAGCAACUUUGACAAAAGAAUGGUGCCGUCUCUUUAUUGUCAAAAUGAAAAAGCUCCUUUACCAGCAUUAAAAACAUAUGUAUAAAUUGCACAAUUGCCUAACAAGCCUCACUUUUAAUCCAGCACACAACUUCGGCAACUUCUAACAAUUUCAGUCCCAAAAUUAAGUGAAUACCUCAACAAUAUCAGAAGACAUUCUGAUGAGUUUGUAAAAUAUAAAACCCAUUUAGACCAGCUUGAAUGGUUUCUAAGGUUCUGUAGGCCUGAAGACCUUAAAUACAAAGUAAAACACCUGGUUAUAAUGAGAAUGUAAGACAUUGCUAAAUUUAAAAUAUGCUGGAGUCGAGACCAUUACUGAACUUCUUUGCAAAAGUUCAUGAAGAGAUAUGCAAUGAAAUGCUGGUAAUGAGAGGAGGUAUAAAUUCAAAAUGGCUGCAGUCCCAGGUUAACAGAUCUGUUCAUAUACUGUGCUGUUUGCAGCAUUUAAAGUUAGUCUAUGUAACUUGGUUCCCUCUCUGUCUUGUGUAAAUAAGCUUAUUGGUUGCUCAGAGUACAGUAUGUUUGUGCAUGUGUUUUGCUCUGGACAUUUAGAAUCUGCUGCUUGCAAUAAUAAUAUAAAUAUAUGUAUCUUUUUUUUUUUUAUCUGUAGCCAAUCGAAACAUCUUUUCCUUAUUUCUAAUUAAAUUCAACUUAAAUCAAAUCAGAGACAGAAUCUGAUUAUGUCUGUUUAUUCUCCUCUGUUACUCUUUUGUAACUUUCUUCCUCUGAUCAACCCUGUUUUAAAGCUCAGCAGUGACCCCUACUGUUCACAGUCUCAGCUGCACAGUGUGUGUUCAGGAACAGAAGGGUGACGCACCUGCUGUGGUUCAGCUGCCAUAACAGGUGCUUCAUUGUCUUCACUGUGUUUGUCUUUUCUGUUUUGCUUUGUCUUUUUGUUUUUGCUUUAUGUUUGUUUUUCUACCUAUGGUGCCCUGUAAAAGAAUACAACAAUAAAAUGAUUGAGUCUAAAAUUUGAAGAGUUUCUCUGCUCCGCUUAAAAUGUGUUUCAAUGUUUGCUGUUUUUUUUUAAAUUAAAAAAAUAAUAAUUUAUGCAUGGUUUCUUGCAUAAAAUUCUGAAAUUAUUUUUAUAUAGUGGUUUUUGGUCAGAUGAGACUUGAACAAAAUUGUUAUGUAAGAAACACUCCCUGUGAGUCUGAUGUGAAAUAAAGGAUAUAUAUAUGUAAAAAUA